GUGUGUGUGGCUGUUGUGGAGCACUGCGGCCCCGUUACAAGAGACUUGUUGACAAUAUCUUCCCAGAGGAUCCAGAGGAUGGGCUGGUAAAAACCAACAUGGAGAAGCUGACCUUCUAUGCCCUCUCUGCUCCAGAGAAGCUGGAUCGCAUUGGAGCUUACCUGUCAGAGAAACUAAUCAGAGAUGUGGGCAGGCACCGAUACGGGUAUGUGUGUAUUGCGAUGGAAGCGUUGGAUCAGCUAUUAAUGGCCUGCCACUGCCAGAGCAUCAAUCUCUUUGUGGAAAGUUUCUUGAAGAUGGUGGCCAAGCUGUUGGAAUCUGAAAAGCCUGACCUUCAAAUCCUUGGCACCAAUUCGUUUGUGAAGUUUGCAAACAUUGAAGAAGACACUCCAUCUUAUCACAGGAGCUAUGACUUUUUUGUCUCCCGCUUCAGUGAAAUGUGCCACUCCAGCCAUGAUGACAUGGAGAUCCGGACAAAGAUCCGAAUGUCUGGCAUCAAAGGACUACAGGGUGUGGUUCGGAAAACAGUUAAUGAUGAGUUACAGGCAAACAUCUGGGACCCUCAACAUAUGGACAAGAUUGUGCCUUCAUUGCUCUUCAACCUUCAGCAUGCAGAGGAAGCAGAAAGCCGUUCUCCCUCACCCUUGCAAACAGCUGAGAAGGAGAAAGAGAACCCAGCAGAGCUGGCUGAACGAUGUUUGCGGGAGCUCCUGGGUCGGGCAGCCUAUGGCAAUAUCAAAAACGCAAUCAAGCCUGUCCUCAUCCACUUAGAUAACCACUCUCUUUGGGAACCAAAUACCUUUGCAAUCCGUUGCUUUAAGAUCAUCAUGUACUCCAUUCAGCCACAGCAUUCGCAUUUGGUGAUUCAGCAGCUCCUGAGCCAUUUGGAUGCCAACAGCAAAAGUGCUGCCACUGUGCGGGCAGGGAUAGUUGAGGUCCUCUCAGAAGCAGCCAUCAUUGCAGCCUCUGGAUCUGUUGGACCAACUGUGCUGGAGGUGUUCAAUACCCUUCUAAGGCAGCUGCGGCUGAGUAUCGAUUAUGCCUUGACGGGUAGCUAUGAUUGUGCCAUUGCUGGUGGCUCCAAGAUCAUUAAGGAGCAUGAAGAAAGAAUGUUCCAAGAGGCCAUAAUCAAGACCACAGGUUCUUUUGCCAGUACUCUGCCCACCUAUCAGAGGUCGGAGGUCAUGCUGUUUAUCAUGAGCAAAGUUCCGCUUCCUUCUCUGCAUCACCCUGUAGACAUGGGCAAAGCUGGGGAGAACAGGAAUCGAUUGACGCAGAUCAUGUUGCUAAAAUCUCUCCUACAGGUUUCCACUGGUUUCCAGUGCAGUAACAUGCUCACAGCCCUUCCCAGCUCCUUCCUGGACAGGCUCUUAUCAGCUACAUUAAUGGAGGAUGCAGAGAUUCGCCUUUUUGUUCUGCAGAUUCUCAUCAGCUUCAUUGACCGCCAUGGGAAUAAGCACAAAUUCCAGACAAUCAGCACUAUCAGUGAUAUCUCCAUCCUGAAGCUGAAAGUGGACAAAUGUUCACGUCAAGAUACUGUCUUCAUGAAAAAGCACUCCCAGCAGCUGUAUCGACACAUGUAUUUCACUUGCAAGGAAGACAAUAAUGGUCGUACUCACUAUGAGGCUGUCUACAGUCUACUGGCACUCAUCAGCAUUGAACUGGCCAAUGAAGAGGUGGUAGUGGACCUCAUCCGGUUGGUUUUGGCCAUUCAGGAACUGGCCCAGGUGAACGAGGAUAACCUGCCGUUGUACAGCCGCUGUGCCCUGUAUGCCCUUGGAGCUGCCUACCUGAACCUGAUCAGCCAACUGACCACUGUGCCUGCCUUUUGCCAGCAUAUUCAUGAGGUUAUAGAGAUGAGGAAAAAGGAGGCUCCCUACUUGCUCCCUGAAGGUGUCUUUGUAGAGAAGCCCAGGCUGUCACGGAAUCUGGAUCACCUUGGCCCCGAGAUCCUGUUCCGGCAGAGCAAGAUCAGCGAAGUGCUGGGAGGGAGUGGCUACAAUUCAGAUAGGCUCAGCACACCUUACAUCCCUCAGCUGACAGCUCUGGUUCUUCAAGAAUAA